CCGCGGGGUUCUAGGGCCUGGGCCACCGGCUACGGCGCCCGACUCCGGCUUCCGCCGACCCGCGGCCUGCGCUCGGCCCCGUGCUCCGGCCGUGCGGGGACCAUGUUCAUUCCCUGCGGGGAGACGUUCCCCGACCUGUCGGGCUUCACGCUCCUGAUGCCAGCAGUUUCUGUUGGAAAUGUUGGCCAGCUUGCAAUAGAUCUGAUCAUUUCUACCCUGGAUAUGUGUAAGAUUGGUUACUUCUAUACUGAUUGUCUUGUGCCAAUUGUUGGAAACAAUCCCUACGCAACAGCAAAAGAGAAUGCAGCAGAACUCAGUACCAACGCUGAAGUGUAUUCAUUGCCUUCAAAGAAGCUAGUGGUUCUUCAGUUAAGAUCCAUUUUUAUUAAGUAUAAAUCGAAGUCAUUCUGUGAAAAACUGCUUUGCUGGGUGGAAAAUAGCGGCUGUGCCAGAGUCAUUGUUCUUUCUAGCAGUCAUUCCUAUCACCGAAAUGACAAACAGCUGUCUAGCACUCCCUUCCGGUAUCUACUUACACCUUCCAUACAAAAAACUGUUCAAAAUAAAAUAAAGAGCCUUAACUGGCAAGAAAUGGAAAAAAGCCCAUGUAUUCCUGAAAUAGAAGAUUCUGAUCUUUGUGUCCGUGUUCCAGGAGGAGGCAUCACAAAAUUACUGUAUGAUGAAAGCUGUUGUAAAGAUAUCCAGAUGGCAGUUCUGCUGAAAUUUGUCUCGGAAGGGGACAAUAUCCCAGAUGCAUUGGGUCUUGUUGAAUAUCUAAAUGAAUGGCUUCAAAUAAUCAAACCACAUGUACAGGGUGAUGACCCUGCAGCAUCCACCUUGCCAUGGAAAAUCCCGAGUUCUUGGAGAUUACUGUUUGGCAGUGGUCUUCCUCCUGCACUCUUUUGAUCUGUUUUUUGGUUUUAGACCUUGUAAUCCAGGAUACUUAUUACCAACACAACUGUUAAACCUUCAAUGUGAAAUUUGUAUUAUCUGAGAAUGUAUUAGGAAGUAAAUAUUUACUUUUCACAAAAAUCUCUAAAAAAAAAAAAAGGAUUAACUGAAAAUCUUUUGCCAUGCUUUUCCUCAGAUAUAACAAAUGUAAAUUUUGUACAGUAAGAUUUUAUUUCUUAAGUAAUUUUGUCUGAAAUGUCUCUCUUUUUUUAAAUGAUAGUUUCCUAUUUCUG